GUUAUGCACAAACACCAACUAGCACGCAAAAAACCCUUUGAGGCAAACGCAGGCGCCAAUCAGACGCCAACCAGACAUGGAUUUUCUUAUGCCCUUUAAACCUCUCUAAGUUUGCCGCGACAGGCUGCGCCCCAUGCUUAUAGCCAUCAGUCAAAUCAAACACCAGAUGCCAGCCUUGCCCCGCGACAGUUCUCAAGUUCAAUCAUUCAAACCAAGGCGCACACUUCAGACAAAUUUUUUGUAUGUAGAACUUUCCUAAGGGCAUGUUACCCUAUUUAAUCAUCCUUUGGGCCCAGAGACGGCCGGCGCUGCCAAAGCACAAUCCAUCAGAGCCGCUAUCACAGAAUCGCAGCUGUUGCAAGUGAUGUGCUAAUACAGAUAUCAUGUACUAGAUGGAGCUUUUGGUGGAAAGAAAGGAGCAUGUUAGCCCUUUGCACCCCUCCGGUCGCGACUUGGACUCGGUCAGAAGGUCAACAUGAGAUGCGCUUUCUCCUCGUCCUCAGCCCGCCCACAAGGCUGGCAUGCGCGGCAGGCAUGCCAGCGGGUGCUUCCGGUGGUGCCCAGCAUAAUUCAAGCUGCCAAACUGUCGCGCUCCGUGCGGACGGAGCACCGCCACCAACUGCAUUCUGAUGGCGCUUCCACGCAACAUGCCGCUCCGCGCGUUGCCAAGGUCUCGGAGCUCGCCACUGCGGCCCAACACCCCAGCCAGGGGAGCAAGCCCGUCACGCCGAGCUCGCCCUCACCUCUGGCCUCGUACGAAGAGGUCGCCGCUGCCGGCGUCUCUGCAUUCCAGCGCCUGCUGUACGUUAUCAUGGGCGGCGCGCUUAUGGCCAUGGCAUUCAGCUCAUCCGCAUUCAACGCGGUGAAGGAGUCCAUGGGCGGCGCCGUCGCGGUGAAGGCGCCUGAGACGGAGCGGGUGCAGCAGCCCGCCACCGCUACGCCGCCGCACCCCAGUGCUGUCGCCCCCGCCGUCUCCGCGGGCGCCGAGACCGCCGCCGGGCGCACCUCUGACACAACAAUCACCCCCACCACCACCUCGACCGGGGCCAGCACCGAGGCCAGCACCACCCCCCUCAUCCCCAAGGUCAUCCCCAAGGUCGACCGCAAGGUCGCCGUGAAGGGCCUCACGCCCUACGACCCCGCCGCCGCCAGCGCCUUCCUGGCCGGCACCGCCGUGGCGGGCAAGGUCGUGGUGCCCCACAGCUUGGGCCAGCUCCUGCAGAUCGCAAACACCUGCGUCGCCAACGGCCAGCUCUUCGCGCUCUGCAUCCUGUCCGAGCGGGCCUGCAGGGCACAGCAGCCCGACAUCGACCAGGCGGUGUCGGACCUGGCGGCACAGGGCGUGACGGUCAUCGCGGUGGUUGCCGGCGCCGACUUCGCGCAGCGCGCCAAGCUGGCCGGCGAGUACUGCUGCUGGGAGCUGCCCGCCCUGGGCGAGGCGCUGGCCAUGCAGGCAGACUUCGGCAUGGACGUGGCCGUGGCGUCGCUGCUGCCCGGCGCCUUCGCCCGCAAGGACUUCGUGCCGCUGCGCCUGCCGUGCUUUGCGUUUGGCGGCCCGCACCGGCAGGCGGACGUGGCGUGGGAGGCGCACUCCCCCGUCACGUACGUGAGCACUGCCGACGUCGACACCGAGACCUGGGCGCUGGCCGCGGCGAUGCGCGUGCUGCCGCUGUCCGCGCCGGCGACCCUUCAUGGCGUGGCGUGGGCGCGCCGCCAGCAGCUGCACCAGCUGUCCUGCCUCAAGGCCAAGCUGCAGCUGAGUAGUGCUGGACCCGCCGCCGCCGCCCGCGCCGCUGUGGCCGUCCUCGAGGCCGAGGCUGCAGCCACCACGGGCUCCCCCUUCGCCUCCUCCGCCUCCUCCACCUCCUUCGCCUCCUCCGCCUCCACCGCCGCCGCCAGCACUGAGCAGCUGCCGCCUGCCUACCUGCCGGCCAGCCUGUCGCACCUGGUUCCCACGUCGGUGGUUGACUUCCGCCGCCGCAACGCCCGCGCCACCGCCGCCGGCAAGCUCCUGGCCGUCAUUCGUGUGUCGGAGGACGCGUGGCAGAAGCAUGACGCCAGCAUCCGCGCCGCUCUGGGCGCUGCCUCUGCCGGCUCCGUCUGGGCUGAGCCCGUGCUCCUGCCCCUGAGCCUCGGCGACAGCUGCGGCAUUGCUUCACCGGUCGGCAGUCGCUCGCUGGUGCCGGCGGCUCUGCCCGCGCUGUACGUUGGCGGCGGAGGGUACCUGGCUGAGCAUUGGUCGGCUGAGGCGGACCUGCUGAGCGGUCAGGCGCCGGCGGUUGGCCCAACCGACAUGCAGGAGGCGAUCGGCCUGCACGCCAUGCGCCAGCGCGCUUGGCUGCGGCGGCGUGAGGUGCCCCGAGUAGAAGUGGUGGUGCCGGGCGCGGCGUCUGAGCGCUGAGCCGCAGAGCCGGGCCACGCGAUGCCAUGCGAGUGGCUUGAUGGCUUGUGUGUGCCACAUGUGCGCAGUGAUUGCAGUGAUCAAUUUUCAAAGCGGAGGAUGUACGUAGCUGUCAGCAAGCAGGAGUGUACCGUAUAAUGGCCUUCCGCUACGUUUUAUUUUAGCAGCGCUUCGCAAUGACGGAAGCCGCACCAGCUUAUCCUUGGACCUUUGACUGUUUUGGAGGAGGCAACCAUGCUCCCACCACCCGUGUGAUUGUGUUUCGCGAACCCGUUCACUUCACAGCUUGUGACACUGCCGGUGUGGUGACUGAUAACUGUCUUCGCCAAACUGGUGUUAUAGUUAAUGCCCUGGAUAGCCCGGCAUAAUUAUGGCCAUUUACUAGCUCUCCUGUACUGUGAUACGGUAUUGGAGAACGGGCGUAGUGUGUGCGUGAUGGCAGCACCCUGUCCCAAGCGUUUCUGAAGCAGAGCGAGGAGAGAGACGACGCCUUCUGUUCCUACUGUGACUAACGGUGACUGUUCCGUGCGUAUGUAUGCUUGGCUCGGAUGGCGCGUGCCACUGUUACUGAAGGCCUUGGCGCACUGAUAAAGUACGGAUCGUAUGCCAAUCCCAUCGUGUAGAGACAACGCCUUGGCAAAUGCCAUUGGUGCCCCACCGUGAGGCCAAGGGCGCCCCGGCAUAUAGGGCUGCAAUAAGGCGAUUCAGGACCGAAGGCAGGUCUCAAUUCAUUCUAUAGUGUUUGCUGAUUUGUAUGUUAAAGGCUGAGAUGUACCGUAGCUUUGGUUGUGGUGCCGGGCAACGGUGCCCAUGAGGUGCCUAUGUGCCUGAGAAAGGCGCUGGCAUGCUUAUGUCAGCGCCAGCGACAAAGAGUUUGUUGUGUACCGCGCGUCAAUCUUUUUUGAGUCCGGGUUUGGGGUUUGCGGACAAGGUUGGCACGGAAAGGGAUGACGGGUUUCCCCUGCUGUUUGGGUUGGUGCCAAUAGGCGGAGCAAAUGAAGAGUCCCCCACGCGUGUGUGGGGUCAAGUAUUCGGCCACGAGACACCGAAGUGCAAUGGCCUGAUGUGUAAUACAGCGAUCAU